GAAACUACUACACAAAUCAAACUCAACCACAAAUCAAACUCAACCAGCACCCAAUGGAGAUCGGAGAGAUGGAGACGCGUAGAGCGAGAGAAAAAGCACUUUGCUGUCCCGAACGAGAGACGCUGAAAAAAAAGAUGAUCCGUUAAAGAAAAGACUGCGUCAUGGCUCAUAUCCUAUCGACGGAGAAGGAUUUUAGUUCCCCCAACGGGGACAGAGAUGCGAACCUCGUUGCUUAUUAACGGGCGGUUCCGUGAUCCAAACUGUACAACUCCGCCCGUGAACGGGGAACGGGACGCAGCGCCUGUGCUAGGCAUCGCACUCUGGCUAGGUGUGGUUUCACAACACUUGGAUUAGCCUACCUAGUUCUUAUUCCACACACUCGUUCAUAAUUGAAGUUGAAGCCGUCGGGGAUGUGCUAGUCAUCUCGUCGCAACAAAGGGAAGGGCGGCUUUCAGUAACCAUGAGGGCUGUAUCGGCGAAUUUACUUGCACUUCUCUUUCUCUGCACUUGUGCCAGUGUAUUCUACGUCUGGAGCAGAUUGGAGACAUACAACACAGGACUACAGUUAACGAGUAGGGGGUCCGCUGACAUUGGGCCAUCCCCGGACCUCUCUGCUAAAACUUUCCGGGCUUUGCUCGCCGUUCCAGUAGCACAGAGACUGCAUUUGGGGGGCAUACUGGAUGCCCACAAUCUCACUGGUGUUGCGGAUCAAACUGGCUCUUUAGGAAUCAGAGAUUACCAUACGAAUGUAGAUAACAAGGGGUCAGCACAGAGGGGGGUCCCGGACAAAUUGGGCUCUCCGGUUGAGGGAAUUUUUUGGAGUGAAUGGCUUGAGGAUAAGUUCCCCGUCAGCUUCAGUGAGGAACAUGCCCGGGCAUGGAGAGGGAGAGCCCGGGAACAUCGGAUUGUCAGACUGGAGCCGGGCUGUGGGAGAAUAUCCAAUCAACUGGCCACUUUUUCUGACCGAUCCAAAGCAUGCGUGCGUUAUGGAAUAAACGCGGACCAGGUGCAGGGGGAAACGUUGACUUAUUACCUGGCUAGUUUGCUGGGUAUUACAAAUCUGCCGCCUCUCAUCCUCGCCCAGUUGAACGUUGACAGUGAACAAUGGGCUUCUGUGAGAAGGAGAAUAGGAGGUUUACAGUGGAGUGAGCGGGCGGUGGUCUCGCUCACCCAGUGGGUCGCCAACCUGACAGGGGUAAUCACACCUGCGCCGCUGCGCCAAGAGAGCAAGGGGCUGCGUCCUCUACGGGGGGAGCUGGGGAACAAGACGACGGCGGAGCUGCUCGAGCUAAUGCAGUGGACGGACCUGAUAAUAUUGGACUACCUGUCUGCUAACUUCGACAGGCUCGUUAGCAACCUCUUUAGCCUGCAGUGGGACUCGCGCGUGAUGGAGAGGGAGACCAACAACCUGCUCAGAACACCCCGUGGCGACCUGGUUUUCAUCGACAACGAGGCAGGGCUUGUGCACGGUUACCGUGUACUGGAUAUGUGGGAGAAGUACCACAGCACCGUCUUGGACUCGGUGUGUGUGUUCAGAAAGAGGACAGUACAGCGUGUUAUAGAACUGCACCGGCGCAGGGACACCAGGACUCGGCUGCUCGAGCUGUACAGAGACAGCGAACCAUUGUCUCCGGAAUUAGGGUUUCUCUCUGAUGAACAUGCGGGAGUACUACAGAGUCGAAUAAACAGAUUAUACAAACACAUAUUGCAUUGCAAGGUGAAGUACCACCAGCUGGGCAUUUAGUUUUGAUUCCUCUCAUUUAGAGGUUCUGUAUCUGGCAUCUGCUCCACAGAAUGACGUGUGCUGCAAAUCAGUAACCACACACCUGUACUAGAUUAAUGCGCGUCAAUUGAAACAGUUUUUUUAAUAUAUUGAUGAACUACCUCUUGUGAAAACAACGUUUUGCCUACUUUAUAUGUCUGCAUAAAUAGUCACAUUGACGUUGAUUUUUGGCUUCGUGCAGGAUGGGUCAUAAUUUAUUUUCAGCCAGCCUCAAAACAUAGCUGCAGGAAUAAUGUGAUAUGAGCCAAUGCAUCUUUGUAGCUGUUUAGGAGCCAAUGCAUCUUUGUAGCUGUUUAGGAACCAAUGCAUCUUUGUAGCUAUUUAGGUUUAUUGGUCAGCCUUCAACCUCAGGAGUUUGAUAGGCUACACAGCUGUGUUUAUUAAUAGGAAUAAACGAUUGUGGUGUAAGGAGGGAUAAUGAAUAAUCACUUCAUAUCAUCUGUAUUCACAAGGUGCAUUGUGUUCAAUAAUCUCCAUAGGAAACUGGAUUGCUUGAUAAUGAGAGCCAGGCCUUAAUAGGUUACUCCUAAAAAGUUUUGUAUUUGUUGCCACAAAAAUGUAUAAUGUAGACUUUGUCACCUGUCUCACUCCUUUUAUAGAAGCUCUAGCCUACUGUACAAUCAAUUGUCAUUGCAAACACUUUCAUGUAUUUGGUUGUCUUGUGAUUGUAUCUUCUGCCUUAAUGUCAGUGGUGUAGUGGGGGAUAUAUGCAGGUAGCAGAUAUAUGCCAUUUACCCCCGUGGGCAUUGCGUAUACUCACUACUUAAUCCCCACUGAUGCGCAACAAAGUAGUAUAGUGAAGGUAUAUGCUAUAUAAAUUGUGUAGUACAAUAGAUACUUUAUUCACAAAGUAGCCUACACAAUCGUAAUAAAGUAUGUGAAAUAUAUGCACAUGCGUGCCGCACACAUAGCUACACUGAAUAUAAACGCAACAUGUAAAGUGUUGGUCCCAUGUUUCAUGAGCUGAAAUAAAAGAUCCCAGAAAUGUUC